AUGUUACAUUUUGAGUAUCAAUUUCUUCUAUUCGCCUUUUCCAAUUCCUUCUUUGUUCUCGUCGUCUCUCGCAUGGCGGACCAAUAAUCAUCAACUCAAUUCCCAUUCCAUAUCCGACGAUAAUUCAAUCCCCAUUUUGCCUAAGUUCUUCCCCGAUUCCUUUAUUUAUCUGCUCUCUUCUCCUACUCUCCAACUUUCGCGUUCUUCCCAGACGCAUUGCUUCGAUACAGGGUUCCAUUCACCACUUAUACCCACUCCUUUGCUUUCCCCUUCCUUUCAAUUUCAAUCACUCGCCUCAAGCACUUUCACGAUUUUCUGCGGGCAUUAGGAAGGACUAGUACUUCUGCUGGCGUUGUCUUAAUAACUAUUUAAAGAAUGUGGUUAAGGAUGCAAGACGUGUUAUGCUGUCAUGGUUGAUCAUGUUUAAUACUCAUGAUGGAAAGAAGUGAACCUACAUUAGUUCCAGAGUGGCUGAGAAAUUCUGGAAGUGUUUCCGGGAGUGGGAAUUCAGCCCAACAAUUUGCAUCGCCUUCUCCUAACUCAGAUGUUUCUUCGCAAGCUCAAUACUCGAGGAGUAGAACUUCAAAGAGCAUUAGCGAUAUAGAUAAACCGCACAUUGAUUUAUUGGAUUGGUCAUCUUCGUCAAGCUCAAAGAGGAGCUCUAGUCAUGUCUCUGGAAAGAAUGCUUACAGUAGUUUUAAUAGGAAUCAUCGUGAUAGGGACCGUGAGAAGGAGAAAGAAACUUCAAAUCUUGGGGACCCUUGGGGUCAUGACUUUUCUGGCCCUCUGGCAAAUACAUAUUCCAGUAGGGCUGAUAAAGGAGCUUUGCAGCGUUCCCAAUCGAUGAUAUCUAGGAAGCAAGGUGAUUUAUUUCCUCAAAGAGUUGCUGCUGACUCAAAAAGUGGAGGCUAUAAUCGUAACCCGAACAUUAAUGGCUUUCAUUCAGGAAGUACCAUUAAUGGUAUCACUGAUAAGGCUGUUUUUGACAAGGAUUUUCCAUCACUUGGAUCGGAAGAAAGGCAAGGAGGACCAGAUGUAGGAAGAGUAUCAUCUCCUGGCUUGACCACAUCUGUUCAGAGCUUGACUAUUGGAAAUUCAACUUUCAUUGGUUGGGAGGGAUGGACGUCAGCUCUGGCUGAGGUGCCAACUAUAGUCACAGGCAGUACAGCUGCUCCAUCAUCUGUUCAACCGAUUGUUGCUGCUAAUUCUGGGUUGGGGUCUCCAAAUGCAACAACUCCACGAAAGAUGGCUGAAGCUUUAACACAGGCACCAACAAGAGCUCGUGCUGCGCCUCAGUCAACUGAGUCACAGAGGCUCGAGGAAUUGGCUAUUAAGCAGUCCAGGCAAUUAAUCCCAGUAACGCCUUCAAUGCCGAAAGUUUCUGUCCUUAAUUCUUUUGAAAAAUCUAAAUCUAAAGGAGCAUCCAGAACUACUGAACUGCAUGUGCCUGCCAAGGGAGGUCAUCAACAGCUCCCUGUUGUGCAGCAUAAUAGUCAAUCUCUUCGAGGUGGACAAGUCAAGUCUGAUUCUCCAAAGGCCUCUCAUGGGAAAUUCCUGGUUCUCAAACCAGUAUGGGAAAAUGGUGUGUUAAAAGACAGCUCAAAUCCUAUUAGUAAUGUCAACAGUAGAGCUCCAAAUUGCCAGCCUUCUGUUGCCUCUUCAGCAACACCGAAGACUUCAAGGAACAACCUGAAUCCUCCAUCCUCUUUGGAGAGGAAGGUGGCGGCUUUAGAUCUGAAAUCAGCAUCCACUUUGGAAAAGAGACCCCCUUCUCAAUCGCAAAGCAGGAAUGAUUUCUUUAAUCUCAUAAAGAAGAAAACUUCCGUAAAUGGUUCCACUAGGCUCCAAGAUUCAGGUAUUUGCACAUCCCCUGUCAAGGAAAAGUCAGGGAUAGUUAACGAGGAAGCAGGUGGUUCUCCAGUGCAGCCUCCUACUGUUACAGAUGAGUUGAUUAGCAAUGGCAAUAUCACCGAAGAGGAUCAGAGGUUUUCCAAGACCGUGAAUAAAAGCUUGAGUCCUAGCAUAGCAUUAUGUACAGAUGAGGAAGAGGCUGCAUUUCUUCGUUCUCUUGGAUGGGAAGAAAAUUCAGGAGAUGAUGAAGCGCUUACAGAAGAGGAGAUUAAUGCUUUUUAUGAGCAGUACAUGAAAAUGAAGCCGUCACUGAAGCCGAUCAGAUGCAAGUUACCAGAACCCUCCAAUGCUGUCUGAAUACUACAAAUCUUUCAUGUGGGAUCCUUUUUGUCAGUUUAGAGUCAUAAAAGGAAGAAAAAAUUGAGAAUGUUGGGCAGGAAGCAGAGAGUGAGUGUUGGUGUUGGUGUUGGUUUGGCGAAGUGCAAUAAGUGAUAGGUUACAAGUCGUCUCUGCUUUCUUACAACUGAUUUUGUUUGGUUUUUUGAGUAGAACAAUCGGAAAAAGGGUUGGAUAGGCAAUGUGCUCUUUGUUUGCAGUUGCAGCUGAAGAUGGCACUGCAAUUUGCAUUCGGUAUUUUCGCCCUUUUGUUACUCUUUAAAUUGAUCUUAUAAGAUGGCCUGCUUUGCUUUUCAUA